ACAAAUAUGCAAUCGUCAAUUUAGCUUGUAAAAAAUAAAUAAUGCAAAGCCAAAGCACACUAUUUUCUUUGUAAAUACCCAUUUCACAUAUAUAUGCAUUAGUUUUUCGGUAAAUCAUGCCAAAAAAAAACCAAGAGGCUUGUUUGCUCCGAAGUCCAGACCGCUCUUGAACUUUGUCUCCCAUUUCCUCAUUCAAUAGAUUUUUGGAAAAUGUUGAAAUCCAGAUGGAAUAUGGUGGAGAAAACUGCCCAAAUGAUGUGUGUGUGUGUGUGUGUGUGAGUGCAAUGUCCCAUUUUAUGGCUCAAUCAGUAUGAGUCAUAGCCAGCUUCAUGCAAGCUCGGAGUGUUUUAAUGAUUACAGACACUCUGGCAUUGUGUGUGUGCUUGGCUACAUCAGAGCUACUGUGCACUAACAGAUUGCCAUUUACACAUUUCUUCUCACAACCCAACUUUUCUCUCAAAACAUGGAGAGUUAUCCAUUAAGUCCAAUGACAGUUUUUCAAAUUGUACACCACAUAUUGUACACUGGUGCUGUUAAACAACAACAGGUACUACUUUGGGGAAAUUUAGGAGCCCUUUGUGUAAUUCCUAUUUGGCUUAGAAAAUGGGGAAAAAAAGAAACUGCUGCUUCGUACUUAAGACCUCUCCUGUGUUAUGCUGUAGCUAUCCACAUUUCAUUCAUUCACAUGACACAAUCCUUUUAAAAAUGUAACUGUAGAGAUAAACUUGAAUGAUAUUGUGCUCUGACCAAGUAAGGCUACUUGGCUGUAGUGCCCUCAGCCUCUGUUCAGUGUCUGAAUCUUUGCACUAAUCCAAUAGGGAAAAACAAAACAGUAUCCACAGGCUUCCUCUUCUACAACGCAACAUUGUUAUAUAAUGCUGAGGGAAAAAAUGUCAGAAAAUCAAAGUCUUUUGGAAAUAUUUAUUUACUUUACUUGGAAAUUUUAUUGUUCGAGCAAACCGUUGCUGCUUAGUUUCUCCACAUCCCCGUUCACGUCCUUUUCAGAUGAAACUGUCUUAAUUUUAGACUGAUGCCUGAAGCCAUCAAGGGCCAUAUAGGGUUUCUAGUCUAACUACCCAAACUCUAGUUAUUUUAUUUAUAUACAGUAGCAGUGUAGUCUCAUGGAUGGAUAGUGAAACAAAGAAACAUUAUCGCUGUACCUUAAAUGUUGAUGAGCGGAUGUGCAAUUUACUCUAAGGUAAUGAUAAAAACUGACCGUGCCAGGAGAAAUAAAUGUUUUUGAAGGAAAAUUAUACAAGCCUGGUUUAUUGCUUUUUAAAAUGCAUACACUUCAAAUCAAUUUUAAGAACUCAGCUCUCCUGACUUAUCCAUCACAGGUGCCUUUGUCCUUCAAAACAAACAAAAAUACACAUCGGGGGUAAUUUUGGGUGGUAAACACAAGCUGAGUGAAACCACAAAACUGACCUUAUAUACUCCAGAGAGUUGAUAAGAAAUAGAGAUGAGGUUGGGGAGUGUGGGUAGCUGGAGUUAUGCUGCCUGAAUAGACGGUGUUAUUCAAUAAAGCAGGCCAGCAGAAUAAAGGAUAGACACAUCAGUCCUCAUCUCUGUCUGUAAAUGUCAAGAGGAUGCAGACAACCUGAUCUGUUGUCGUCAUAUCCAUGAGAGACAUCUAGGUGAUGAUAGAAGCGUGUGCAUUUCAUGUGGGUGUAUGUUUGCCCGUGUGUGUGAAUGUGCAUGCUCGUGUACAUGUUCCACAUGUCAUAGCACACGUUCAUAUUGCUGGUAGCCUUUGAGUUUAUGCUAUAUGUCCACCCUUCCUCUGUCUUUCUAUCCAUCUGUGUAUGUGUGUGUUACCAUAUCAUCCCAGAUAUAGAUUUAACGUCAGCCUAACAGACUGGCCUGACCCCGCCGCCCUCCUUCUCUUAAAGCUCUUUAAAGGAGAUGUAUUCAGAAUCGAAGCUGGGCGACCGGUGCUGAAAUACCAGCGUGCCCGGCCAGCGGUCGCACCUUAACGGGAUGGAUGACGGCCUCUUUGACUAAUCGCUUGGUGUCUUCCAGGCCGAUGAUGUCCUCCCACCGCACAUUCGGGCUGUGCAAAUAGAUGUCCUUUAAGGGUGAACAAACACACACACACACACACACACAGAGUGAGUGAUGCAAGUAGAAAAUAUUACAAAGAAUGGAUUGAAAUAAUACAAGAUUCAGUCACACGAGUAGAAAGCUGGUCUGUGCUUGUACAUAAACAGACACAUUCUCGUGCAAUUAGGCUUUCAUAAAUACAGUAAGUAUCCUUUGGAAUUAAAUAUCAGAUAAAGGAAACGGAUUGAACCACUGAGCCUUCAUUAAUGUGUAGCUUCAAUUUACUCACAGUAAAGCUCUUCCCUGCUCUCUAGUGGACAUAUUCAGUAUCAAAUCACUUGAUGUUUUUGGAUAGAAAUCUUCUUCCACCAUCUCAGAGGGAACAACAUUUCACCCUUUAAUGAGGCUGAAAUGUAAUUUCUCACCUGAUGGCAAUAUUUGUGAGUGAAAUGAUUCAACAUUUAAUUAUUUAUCCAUUAAUUUUAGAGUUCUGUAUGUAAUAUAUUGCAUGAAAAAGCUUUGUGAUUUGCUGGAAAAGUACAAUACAUUCAUCUACGUUAUUGUAAUAUAACUUGGUUUAUGAAGUUAUAAUAGUCCGUGUUGAUCACUGGUUGCAUAAGUUCCUCAUCUUGAUAGUUCUCGGGCAUUGUCAUUAUUUUUGCAGUACUUUGUUCUGCAUUGUUUGUAUUUAUUUACCGACUUACAGGAGAAAGCAUACGUUAACGUAACGCUUCUCUACGGUAGCCCCGAGGGACAAAACAUACGACCCCACACAAACACGUAGAAGCAGACUUCCUAAACUACUGAGGGACAUCAGGAAACUGGAGCAUAGAGCCACCCUCUCACUAAGCUUUCAGAGGCAUGAUGGAGCUUUCCUAUCAAUCAAUAAAAGUCGCCCACCAAGCCCGGGAAGCGGAUGAGCUGAGGACUGAGAUGAGGAGGAAGAGUCUCCUCAUCCUCAUUUACCAACACCUGCUGGGGCAAGGCUACGUGUCUGCAGCAGUGGCCUUGGACCAGGAGACUAAUGGAGGUGUGAGGAGGUUCGAGGUCUGUGAUAACAUCGAUCUGGAGAUGGUGCUGAUGGACUACGAGAGUUAUCACUACGUCAAGUUCCAGAAAUAUCCCAAACUUAUCAGAAGAACAGCAGAACCAGGUGAAAACAGAAACGCAAGAAGUGGUGGAGUAAAGAAGAGUCCCUGUUCAGCUGUGAAGCCUCUUCCCAAAAUCAACAAGUGUCCGAGCCCACAAUCUGGAAUUGGAGCCAAGAGGACAGCUGCCUGUUCACAUACAAAUGACAACGUCUCUUCUGCUCCUCCAGAGUCGUCAGACUUUGGUCUCAACGUUUCCUCCAUCAGAAACGGACCAGCUGGUGAGGCAGCCGUGAACAGAAAGGGCCAAAUGAUUGACGGCAAAGGUUCCAUUCAUGACGCAGUCAAAGGAGCUGGCAGUGACUCAGACUACAUGGAACGGCUGCUAAAGCCUCUCAGUGGCUUUCCUGGAAUGAGCGGUGAGAUGAGAGAACUUGCUGCAAUCAUCAGCAGGGACAUCUAUUUGCACAGCCCCAACGUGCGGUGGGAGGACAUCAUCGGCCUGGAGGACGCCAAGCGAUUAGUCAAAGAGGCCAUCGUCUAUCCCGUUAAGUACCCCCAGCUAUUUACAGGCAUCCUGUCUCCGUGGAAAGGCUUGCUGCUUUAUGGCCCCCCAGGUACGGGUAAGACGCUGUUGGCCAAGGCCGUGGCUACAGAGUGUAAGACGACCUUCUUCAACAUCUCCGCCUCCAGCAUCGUCAGCAAGUGGAGAGGAGAUUCUGAGAAACUGGUCCGGGUUCUGUUUGAGCUGGCCAGGUACCACGCCCCAUCCACCAUCUUCCUGGAUGAGCUGGAGUCAGUGAUGAGCCAGAGAGGAACCAACAUGGGAGGAGAACAUGAGGGAAGUCGCAGGAUGAAGACUGAACUGCUGGUUCAGAUGGACGGACUGGCGAAAUCCGAGGACCUUGUGUUUGUACUGGCUGCCUCCAACAUGCCUUGGGAACUGGACCAUGCCAUGCUGAGGAGGUUAGAGAAGAGGAUUUUAGUAAGUCUUCCCUCCCUGCCAGCUCGCCAAGCCAUGAUCUCUCAUUGGCUGCCUCCUCUCAGCUCCACAGGAGGGGUGGAGCUACGGACUGAGCUGGACUAUGAAACUCUGGCGAAGGAGAUGGAGGGUUACUCUGGUUCUGAUCUCAGACUGGUGUGCAAGGAGGCCGCCAUGAGACCAGUACGCAAGAUCUUUGAUGCUCUGGAGUCGCAUAAGGACGGAGACUGUGACAUGCCCGCCAUUCAGCUGGAAACUGUGACAACAGCUGACUUCCUGGACGUCCUCACACACACCAAACCCUCGGCCAGGAACCUGAUGGACAGAUACACAGCCUGGGAGAGAGAGUACGAGUCUGUCUGACACACGGGGCAUUUUUGAAAAAAGACUUUAUACCAACACUACAGCAUAUCUGACAGAGGACCAACUGUUGUUAGUGGGAGUCAGGGUAAGAGUGUGCUCUUUAUUAGGGCUUUUCUAAAUUACUUAUUUUAAGCUCACACACAUUACAUAAAACAAAAAUCAUAAUUUAAUGACCUCAGUAUGUCCCCAUGAUAUAACUUCUGGUGGAAUAUUUGACAUCAGUCAAUGAAAAAUCUUUCUCCCCCCCCCCCCUCAAAUUCUGUAGCCAAUGUUUUUACUUCUUGAAUUAAGAGAGAUUUAGCUUAAUUAAUUAAGCUUAAUUUAUUGCAUUUUUGUCUGUUGACAUGAGUGAAGGAAAAAAAGUAAAAUACCCAAAAAACAAGAAGCUUUAAACUUUGAUAUUCUGAGCCAGUGCUACUAAUUUGUAUGCAAUCUGUGCCAGUGCUUGUAUUUUGUAUGCAGUAUUUUAUGUACAAUGAUCAUAUAUGUAAUAAACAGUAACAGCUGAAUAUCUUUUUAUUCAAACACAUUUAUUUAUGACAACAGAUGGGGGGGGUACUUCUAAAAUGCAUGCUUUACAUUUACUUUUUAGCAUUCUGGACUAUUGUCUUUAAUUAAGUUUCUGUACAAAAAUCAUAAACACGAUGCUGGAUAUCUUUCUAUUCAAACUUGUAUUCAUACAUAAUGACAAAACAUUUGUUAUUGUUGCAAAUGAUGGUUGGUAAUUCUUAUAUGCAUGCUUUACUUUAACACUCUGGACUUGAAAAAGUAGUUCUCCACCCUGAAAUAGACAUUUUUGUGUAAAUGUUUAUUUUUGAUCUGGAAGAAGAAACUGUAGAGCUCUGUUACGUCUAAGCUUAUAGCAGGUUCUUCAGGAUGUGUUCAACAGCUUCUGGGAAACUGUCACAUGUCAGGUGGGGAGAAGGGUUGAUUUUUUUCUCAUCUCCUGCUCUGUAUUUACCUGACGGGAAGAGGUGAAAUGCCAUCAAUAAAACUAACCAACAG